UGUUUCCAGCUUGUAUAAUGACAGGCUCAGUUUUGGCAGAGCUAAUGCUGUUGAAAUGAACUUUCUGUCAGUUUUGUUAAAUGUUUUACUAAUGUAUUGAUCUCAGUUGAAUAUUUAAGCUGUCUGAAACCUGAACCUUGUACUUGUCUGGCUUAACUAAAGACCUAUGCAUGCUUGUUAGCACUAGAUCAAUGAUAAACCCAAACUCAUAAAGAACAGCUAGUGUGCAAUUUCAUGUGCCUCCCUGGUCGAAUAGCUUGUGUGAUAAAUAGUCGAGUCAUGUUAGCUGAAGGUAAAGGUGAAGAAGAGGUGAGUGCAGGCUCAUUCUUCGCUGUCACAGCUUCCCAGCUGUUGUAAAGCUGCCUGUCAGGAAGGAGCAGUUGCCUAAGUCUUGCCUCAGGACUCGCAGCCUCAGGCCAGCAUCCCAUAUGUGGAUGUCAGGACGGAGAGAUCCAGCCCUGAGCUCCACUUACAUAAGGUGUGAAUUCAGCUGAGGCUUGAGCUGUCAGGAAAGUCCCAGGAGUGUAAAUCUGAUCCGGAAGCCCAGGAGCUCCUGCAACUCUGUGAACGCUGAUCCAUACUCCAGCUGCCCCAAGGUUUCCUUGCAGGAUGGCAGCCUCCUGGCUCGCCAUCUUUCUAAUGUUGGCCCUUUCCUCUAUCUACUGCAUUGUUUCCCAUCCUAGCCCGGAUAUGUGGUUUCAGGGUCUCUUUCCACCUAGUGUGUGCCUUGCAAAUGCCCGUACCAACACCUUUUAUGGCAUAAUGUUUGAUGCAGGAAGCACCGGGACCCGAAUUCACAUUUACACCUUUGUGCAGAAAAACCCAGAGCAGCCUCCAGAGCUGGAAGGGGAAAUCUUUGAGUCAGUGAAGCCAGGUCUUUCUGCUUAUGUUGAUCAGCCUGAAAAGGGUGCAGAAACUGUGAAAGGAUUGUUGAAAAUGGCCAAAGAAGCUGUGCCAUGUAGUCAUUGGAAGGAGACCCCAGUGGUGCUGAAAGCUACAGCUGGACUGAGGCUGCUGCCAGAGCCCAAAGCCCAGGCUCUGCUCUCAGAGGUGAGAGAGGUCUUUGAGAAGUCACCCUUUCUGGUUCCAAAUAACAGUGUUAGCAUCAUGGAUGGAUCUUCUGAAGGAGUUUUAGCCUGGAUCACUGUGAACUUUCUGACAGGGCAGUUGUACGGACAGAACCAGACGACAGUUGGGACACUGGACCUGGGAGGAGCCUCAACCCAGAUCACGUUCCUGCCACGGUCUGAGGAAACCUUGGAGCAAACCCCUGUGGAUUUUGUCACCUCAUUUGAAAUGUUCAAUAGCACUUACAAGCUCUACACGCACAGCUAUUUGGGCUUUGGACUGAAAGCUGCCAGACUAGCAACACUUGGAGCCCUGGAAAUGAAAGUGGUGGAUGGACAAAUGUUCCGAAGUUCUUGUUUACCGAAGCGACUGGAGGCAGAGUGGCACUUUGGGGGAAUGAGAUAUCAAUAUGGUGGCAACAGAGAAGGGGAAACAGGAUUUGAGCCUUGCUAUUCAGAAGUGGUGAAGGUUGUACAAGGGAAAUUGCACCAGCCAGAUGAGAUUCGCAGACGCUCCUUCUAUGCCUUCUCCUAUUAUUAUGAUCGAGCUGUUGACACCGACCUGAUAGAUUAUGAAAAGGGAGGCGUUCUAGAAGUGAGGGAUUUUGAAAGAAAAGCUAAAGAAGUGUGUGAUAACAUGGACAGGUACACCUCCGCCAGCCCUUUCCUCUGUAUGGAUCUCAGUUACAUCACUGCCUUACUAAAAGAAGGCUUUGGAUUUGGGGAUAACACACUCUUACAGUUAACAAAGAAAGUGAACAACAUAGAGACAAGCUGGGCCUUGGGUGCCACCUUUCACCUGCUGCAGUCUCUGGGGCUCUCCCACUGAGCCAGCACCCCCUACAGAACAUUGGCCUUUCCAGAAGGAAGAGAGGGCAAGUUCAGAUUUCCAACUGCAUAGCUCAGCAGGAGUCAGUCCUUCAGCAAAACAUGGAUCAAAGCCAUGGAAUCAGUUCCCCAAGGACUAGGCAGUUCCCAGCUGCAAUGAGAGCAGCCACACUGUGGUUUCUAAAUAACUUAAUUGCCGUAAGAUCCAAAAUCUGCCUCCUGAAAGCCAAAGAAGCUGAUUGUGCUUAUAAGCAGCCCAGACACAGGUUCAGUGAAUGGAUUCAUAGAUGCCCCAUGUCACCAGCAGUUCAGAGUGCUUGUCAUGCCCUGGCAAACUGCAGACCUUUGGCGGAUGAUGCUUGAUCAUUUUUACAUGUAGAACUGAAGUUUGGCCCUGAGAAUUUUAAAAAAUAUAAAUAUUCAAACAUGAUAUCAA